CAAGUCAAACAUAAAUGCAUCGCCACACCCCACAUUUCUAAACAUUCAUAAAACACUUUCUCACCUUGAUCAUUCUCAUCGUGGCCAUAAUACAACGCAUUCUACUCUUCGCAGGUCCUCUGUUCAUUAUUUCCCUUGGACUGCUCAUCUCACGAUUCCAAACAACCCCGCUAGAACCACCUGAUAUUCUAGACUUCAAGAUGGGAGGAGGCGAUGGGUAUCGUUCUGUGGCUUACUUCGUCAACUGGGCUAUUUAUGGGAGGAAACAUAGACCUCAAGAUCUACCGGCGGACAAACUCACUCAUGUGCUCUAUUCUUUUGCUAACGUGAAACCGGAUAGCGGGGAAGUAUAUCUCACCGACCUCUGGGCGGACAAAGAUAUUCACUGGGAAGGCGACUCCUGGAACGAUGUCGGCGAGAAUCUGUACGGAUGCAUGAAGCAACUCAACCUCCUCAAACAGCAAAACCGCUCCCUAAAAGUCCUCCUUUCAAUAGGCGGCUGGACAUACUCCUCCAACUUUCCCGUCCCAGCAUCAAGUGCCGCCGGCCGCCAAAAGUUCGCCGCCUCAGCCGUCGACCUGAUCAAGGACUUCGGCUUUGAUGGUAUAGACAUCGACUGGGAAUACCCCAAGUCCCGCACCGAAGCCGAACACUUCGUUCUCCUGCUCAAAGAGUGCCGUGAAGCUAUGGAUCGCUAUUCCGCUACGCUUCCUCAUGGCCACCAUUUUGAGCUCACGGUAGCGUGUCCUGCCGGCGCGCAAAACUACCAGAACAUGGACCUUCGGGGCAUGGAUCAGUAUCUCGAUUUCUGGAACAUGAUGGCUUAUGAUUAUGCCGGGUCAUGGGAUUCUCACGCUGGGCAUCAGGCGAAUUUGUGUGCGUCGAGCGAUAGUAAGAAGACGCCGUUUAAUACUGAGCAAGCUGUGGAGUAUUACAAGAGUCAGGGGGUAAGAAGUGAGAAGAUCGUGCUAGGUAUGCCGCUUUAUGGGCGGGCGUUUGAGAAUACGGAUGGGAUUGGCAAGCCGUAUGGAGGUGUGGGGCAGGGCACUUGGGAGAAUGGUGUUUUUGAUUAUAAGGCGUUGCCGCUGGCUGGGGCGGAGGAGAGAUAUGAUGGUGAGGCGAGAGCGUCGUAUAGUUAUGAUGCGGCAAAGAGACAUUUGGUGUCGUAUGAUACGUGUCAGAUGGCGAGAGAGAAGGCGGAGUGGAUUAAGAGGAAUAGGCUUGGUGGUGGGAUGUGGUGGGAGAGCUCGGCGGAUAAGCAGGGUGGAGAGAGCUUGAUUGGGAAUGUGGUGAGUGUAUUUGGGGAACUGGAGAGGAAGAAAAAUUGUAUCGAGUAUCCGCAUUCGAAAUUUGAGAAUCUCAGGAAGGGAUUUCAGGCGUAGGGCUUUAGCAGUAGGGAAACUUUGGUCUUUGUAUACCUAACUAAGAAACAGGCAUGGAUCUUCAAAAAUUGAAUGUCAUCAUUUUAGGCGUUUCAAAAAGUCAAGAUGCCGGGUUCAAUUUGCGU